UUUCUCAUUGGUAAAGGGGAUUUGGAAAACAGAAAAAAAUGUAAUGUCUCACCACAAUGUCGAUGGGAUCGGUGGAUGAACAGGCGACCAGAGUGCGGUGGUUCCGGUUUGAAGAGGGAAGGCAGGCGGCGGAAGAUGGUGGUGGCGUUCUGCCCACGGGCGCAGGAACUCGCCGGUUUCGAGCAGCAGUUCACGAUCGGGUAGAGUGGCAAAGCCCUGGAACGGGUUGGCAGGAGGUCCCGGUUGGCUGUCAUCUUCUCGGAAGCAGGCACUCAUGCUUGGAGACCUGCAGAGCACGAACUGCAGCAUGUGUGGCGAGCCCGGGAGACAGCAAGAGCCACAGGAGUCCCGGACUAAGGGCGCCUCCUACACAAGCAGAAAGACACCCGCUUUUCCUUUAUUUUUUUAAUAAAUGUUUUUCCUUCUCCUUCUUAUAAUGUUCUUUAAUACAAUGGUUUACCUGACUUGGAGGCAGUUUUUAAUCUCUGGAGCUCCUAUCUGAAUACAUGGGAAAAGAGAAAUAGUUUUUCUCUGAAGCCAGCAACGGAAUUCGAUGAGGUUGGUUACAUGUAAAAAAAAAAAAAAGCUGAAAUGUAGCGACUGUUCUAGGGGGCAAUUUUUUGUGGCAGGAAAUUUUGAAAAUUGUGAAAUUAAAAAGACUUCCGUAUGAAGUUUACAACUUGAUACAAAAGCUAUGAAAUUGUAAACUUCGUGCUUAUAUUUUUUAAGCUUACUGACUCUCAGCAAUUUUUCCUAAAUAUUCAAGGUCCUAAAUCAAAAUUAUGCAGCCUAGAAUGACUAAAUUUUAUCUUUUUCUCUCAAAUGCAACAAAUUUCAUUGCAAUUAUUCUAGUAGUUGUCUCAAAAGCAUUUCUGCAUUUUACAUGUAUUUGAAUAAAGAGAUUAGAGUUGGCACUGAACUAAAGCAUCCUCCUCAAGGUAUGCACAUCAUUU